AUGCAUUAUGAAGCAAUUCACAACUCAAGUGCAUCAAAGAAAGGUAAUAUAUGGAUAUUUUGGAGCUCAUCUAUUCAAAGGCCUUCAAUCAUUUCUAUUACAGACCAAUCAAUAACAGUUGAAGUUGGUGGUGCUUUGAUUACUGGAGUUCAUGCAAAUACCUUAACAGUUAAUAGAAGAGAACUAUGGAUGGAAAUGGAAGAUAUCAGUCUUUUAAAUAAACCUUGGCUUACAAUUGGAGACUUUAAUUAUGUGCUUAGGGAGGAAGAAAACAAGGGUGUAUUAAGACCACUGAAGAUUUCAAUGAUGGAAUUUAAUAAUUGCUUACAUGGAUGUGGGUUAAUGCAAGCUCCUCAUUCAGAAAUUCCUAAACCAAGAAAUAUUCCUUUCAAAGCACUUAAGGUGUGGAAGAAUCACUCUGGAAUCUUACCACUUAUAAAAGAGUCUUGGGGCAAGCCAAUACAAGGAAAUCCAAUAUUUAUUUUCAUGUCCAAAGUAAAUAGGUUAAAAACUGACAUUAAGGAGUGUAAUUGGGUUGUUUUUGGAGAUGUUAAUAAAAAUCUUAAAUUAGCUGAAAUGGAGGUUCUUAAUUCUUCCAUUGCCUCAGAUCAAGAACCAUAUAAUAAUGUGCUAUUGAAUAAACUAGUUACAACAAGGGGGAAGUUGGAAAUUCUAUCUCAACACCAAAAUGAUAUCAUUAAGAAAAAAUCCAGAGUACAGUGGUUAAAGGAUGGAGCUUCAAAUACUAAAUUUUUUCAUGUAAAUAUGAAAGUUAGACAAGCUCAGAAUAUGAUUGGAGGUGGAAUUGAAUCAACAGUUCCUGGAGAGAGUGCACCUGGACCAGAUGGAUUUGCAGGGUGGAUAUAUAAAUUUGCUUGGGACAUAGUUGGUGAAGACCUCAUAGAUGCAAUACGAUACUGUUGGAGGAGAAACUUUAUUCCUGAGGGUCUUAAUGCAAAUUUCAUCAGGUUGAUUCCAAAAGUGAAUAAUGCAAAAAAAGCAAAGCAAUUUAGGCCUAUUGGAUUAAUGAAUUUUAGCUUCAAAAUCUUUACUAAAAUUUGGGAAACAAGGCUGGGGAGCAUAAUUCAUAAGAUGGUUUCACCACAACAGGGAGCUUUUAUCAAAGGCAGGACAAUUCAAGAACAAAUUGCAUUAGCUUCUGAAAUGGUCAAUGAGUUAAAUAUCAAAAGAAGGGGAGGAAACUUUGGUUUAAAAAUAGACAUUACUCAGGCAUAUGAUUCACUUAGCUGGAACUUUCUUUUCCAAGUCAUGAGUAAAUUUGGAGUGUCAGAUACUUCAAUACACUGGUUACAAGUACUUCUAAAAUCAGCUAGAAUUUCUGUAUUAGUAAAUGGUGGUCCAGCAGGAUACUUUAAAGUGGGGAGGUGGUUGAGACAAGGUGAUCCCUUAUCUCCACUUCUUUUUGUUUUGGCAGAAGAUGCUCUCAGUAGAAAUAUAACAAGUAUGAUACAACAAGGGAUACUGAAAGAAAUGGUUAACAGAAAGGGAGUAAAACCAUCUAAUAUUCUUUUUACAGAUGAUGUAUCUGUUUUCAUGUUAGUGUAUAAAUGGCCGUCAAGAGUAAUCAAAGAAUGUGAGAGGAUUAUUAGGAACUUUGUAUGGACUGGUGAUCCCUCUAAAAGGAAACAAGUUACACUAAAAUGGAAUAAAGUGUGUUCUCCUUUAAGUGAAGGUGGACUUGGAAUAAGAAGACUAGAAGUGGUAAAUAAAGCCCUCAUUAUGAAACUUUUUUGGAAGAUUCAACAGGGGACAAAUGAAAUGGUUAAAUUAUUCCAAGCUAAAUUUAAGAAUAAAAAUGGAGAUUGGAUCUCAUACUAUAAGAAAUCAUCUAUUUGGCAAGGAAUAAAGUGGGUGAUAGCUGAGGUACAGGAAGGAACUAGAUGCCUAGUGGGGAAUGGUGAAACUAUAUCUGUGUGGAAAAAUAAAUGGAUACAAGAUAAAGCAUUGGAAGAAAGAUUCCAAAAUCAUACUUAUAUUCAACAAUUUCUAAGAAUGAAAGUAGCAGGUCUCAUACUAGAAGGAGAAUGGGUUAUUCCAAGUGAAAUGAUGGAGAUGAUUGAUAUCAAUGAAUUACCAGCUUUAAGUGGUGGGGAAGACAAAAGAAUAUGGCCAUAUACAAUUUCAGGGAAUCCUGCCAUUUCAGGAUAUGGUUUCAUAGGAAGAACACACUCAGGGGAAUUUUUGAUUGUUGUAUCUGGAGGUUUGGGUAUUUCAACAAAUUAUUAUGCAGAGAUUUUGGCAAUUCUGAAUGCAGGAGAAUGGGCAGUAAGCAAGGGCCACAGAGAGGUUUGGUUCAGAACAGAUUCAGCGGCUGCAAUAUUUGCUUUUCAGAGUAGAAAAGUUCCAUGGUUUUCCAUUAAAAGAUGGGAGAAAAUUUGUGCAAGUCUGAACUCAUGGUGCUUUAUUCAUAGCUACAUGGAGGUUAAUUUUUCUGCAGAUGGUUUGGCAAAGAAAGGUGCUAAUCUUGCAAGAGGUGAAAGAAGAGUGUAUUUGUCAAGACCUGAAUUCUUAGUGACACUAGAAAUUCCAAAUAAGUCAUAUUACAGAUUUUAUUAA